AUGGCGAACGGAGCUGGACCGUCUUUAAACAAGGGCUCUUUGGUUGCAAGGAACAUAAAUAUUGACUUCCAACUAUAUCCUUUGUGCGCUGAUGAUAUUGAGAUUGCGGAGCAUUUAUUUGUUUCGUGUCAUUUCUCGCAAACUGUCUGGCAGGUUAUUGCUUUAUGGUGUAACAUUUUAUCCGUCUUUGCAUUCCGUAUUAGUGAUAUUCUGGAGAUGCAGAAUUAUAUCCCUACGUCGAAGAAGAAGAAAGUCCUGAAUGUUGUGUUCAUUACGGUCUUCAGGUCCAUUUGGAAAAUGCGAAACGAAUCUCUUUUUAGUCAAAAGGCGCCAUCAAUUGCUAAGGUGGUGGAAGAGGUUAAAACGUUGGGCUUCUUGCGGAUUAGAAACAGGUCGCGGACUUUAACUAUGACAUGGGAUGACUAG